GUCCCAAAUAUGAAGAAGGAGAGGCUUAGAAGAUAGAAAUAAGUAUUCAAUAAAGCCAUAUUAUAUGAUUGGUGAGAAUGAAAGAUAUUAUGAUGAAAUGGAACAAAUAUAGAAACAGGCUACAUCUCAGGACGAUGGGUUUAAAUCAAUCUAUUUGUGAAGAUUCUUUGAAGCUCUGUACUAGUGUAAGUAGAAUAUUGAACAUAGAUAAUUAUCCUCUUGAGGUAAGAAAUAGUCUUAUUGAAAAGGAAAAUGAUUAGAUCAAUCGUAACCCUCUAUACUCUAAAGUUUCUGGAAUCACUAACCUUACUUUGUUAAUUCUUGGAAAAGAAGUCCUUCCAAAUAUAAAACGAGACCACAGAUUAAUGAUGGCUAAGUUUAAAUACUACAACAGUGACUUUGAUGAGAUAAUAGUGAGUGAAGAAGGUCAUUUGGGACUUACUUUAAAAAUUACUAAAAACAACAAUCCAUGGAUAGAGUUCAUAAAAGACAAAGUUUAUAUGGAUUAUAAUUAAAACAUAAAAAAUGUUAAAAUAAUAGAAACAUAGGACGGGAUUUAAUAUUAGUUGCUUUGGAACCAGAAAAUUUGAUUUUUUGAUCAAAAAAAGUGUUUACCUAUACAUACUCAAUCUGAGCUUGCUAUAAAUGUUACUUCUUCCACUUUAGUAC